GCUAUGAAGAUCCAGUCCCUCAUCAGCGCGGCUGUUCUUGCUGCAUCCAAUGUCUCGGCCCACACUAUCCUCCAGAAGAUCUCCGUGAAUGGUGCGGAUCAGGGCCAGUUGAAGGGUGUCCGUGCCCCCGAUAGCGACUACCCCAUCCAGAACGUCAACGACGCUAGCUUCGCUUGUAACAAAGACAUCAAGCACAAGGACAACACUGUCAUCAACAUACCAGCUGGAGCCAAAAUAGGCGGAUGGUGGGGUCACGUGAUAGGCGGAGCACAGGGAGCAAAUGAUCCAGAUCACCCAAUCGCGAAGUCACAUAAGGGACCUAUCAGCUACUGGCUUGCAAAGGUGGACAGCGCCGCAAACACUGGCACAACAGGUCUUCAGUGGUUCAAGGUGGCCCAUGAGGGACUUUCCAACGGCAAGUGGGCCGUCGAUAACAUGAUUGCGAAUCAAGGCUGGCAUUACUUCACGAUGCCAUCCUGCAUUGCCCCAGGAGAAUAUCUUCUCCGAGUCGAGCUCCUCGCCCUUCACAGCGCGGGCCAAUCUGGACAGGCUCAGUUUUACAUGGAGUGCGCUCAAAUCAAGAUUACAGGCAGCGGUACUAGCAAGGGCUCAAACUUCGUUUCAUUCCCAGGAGCGUACAAGAGUAACGACCCUGGCAUCUUGUUGUCCAUCUACGAUACCACUGGCCAACCAUACAUGGGAGGAAAGCCAUACCAGAUCCCAGGACCAGCUCCUCUUGUCUGUGGUGCCGAUAGUGGAUCGGGAGGUCAGACUCCUGAGGUGACUCCGCCUGUCCCAGGAAAUGGCGCGGGGGGUGCGACCGCUCCGCUCUACGGUCAGUGUGGUGGUAACACUUGGACUGGACCAACGGCAUGCGCUGAAGGUGUUUGCAAGGCAUCUGGUGAAUACUACAGCCAGUGUGUGCCAAAUUAGGGUGCAGCUCGAACAUAGCGCAUAAUAGCAAUGCCACUGUACUUUUCGUUCCUGAUGAUCGGGAACUAAGAAUGCAUUUAUUAGUGAGCCAAAGAAC